AUGCUUUCCUUUAUCAAUCAAAAAGGGCCGUUCACAGAAGGCAUCUUCAGAAAAUCAGCCAGUAUAAAAUCCUGCAUAGCCCUAAAGGAGAAACUAAACGCUGGACACAACGUGAACUUGGAUGAUGAAUCCGUUCUCGUAGUAUCGUCUGUCUUAAAGGAUUUUCUUCGAAAUAUCCAAGGAAGCAUCUUUUCAGCCCAUCUCUAUGAUAAAUGGCUUGCUGUUAUUGAUCAAGGGAAUGAGGAGGAGAAAAUAACUGCGACCCAGAGGCUUGUAGACCAGCUACCGAAAGCCAAUGUAGUGUUGUUGCGAUACCUUUUUGGAGUGUUACACAACAUUGAGCAACAUUCCUCAUGCAAUCAGAUGACAGCUCAUGAUUUAUCCUUGUAUCUUACCCCAAGCAUCCUUUGUCUGCUUAAUUCUGGAAGCUCAGCAUUUGAAAAUGUCACCAAAAAGGUUUCUCUGAUACAAUUCCUCAUUGAAAACUGUCUCAAGAUAUUUGGAGAAGAUAUCACUUCUCUCUUUGGAGAGAACUCAGUGAGUUGUGAGAACAGUGAUAUCACUGAUAACAGUGAGAUUUCAGGUAGGUGAAUAAUGUAACUGGCUUUGAUGCAAAAGACAGCAAGGCUGCCAGGGCUCCAUGGGAGAUCCUAGAGCCCAAAUCACAUUGUAAGGGCAGUAAUUUCCAUCUGCUCCAAGACAUGGGAAGUUUCCCGCUUGUGAGAUCAA